AUGUUCCACUCCAAGAAGCUGGGAAAAAUCAAGAACGACAAGAUCCAACAAUGGUGGGUCGAACUAGUCUGCUUCGACAACAACAUUGUCUAUCGGCCAGGGACUGAAAACUCAACUGCUGUUGCUCUAUCAAGAGCAUUCUGUUUGGCUACCAACCACAACAAUCUGUCGGAUCUCCAUCAGCAGUUAUGUCAUCCAGGAGUCACAAGAAUGGCUCACUUCAUUCGCAUUCGCAACUUACCAUAUUCUGUAGAUGACGUCAAGAAGGUAUGUGCUGAGUGCUCUACCUGUGCCAGGCUUAAACCUCAGUUCUACAAACCCGUCACAACCGCCCUCAUCAAACCUAAUCAGCCUUUUGAACGGUUAAACCGAUUUCAAGAGUCCCUUGCCGUCAACUUCCCAAAAUCGAUACCUACUAACCGUGGUUGA